CUCGGAACCCGUCCGUAAGGCGCACAAAGCAGCCAGUCCCUUCCUAGUGCUUAUUAAGUGAUUAGGCAUUUAUUGUCAUCUUAGCUCUAGAAGAACUUGGAUUCCAGUUUAUUUUCGUUGCAGUUAUUUCGUGUGCGUUUUCGUUUAAGCUAUUCGUUCGUUCAGUUAUUCGUUAGCUAUUCGUUCUUUCAGUUAUUCGUCAGUUAUUCGUUCUAGCGACUACACCAUGGCUAAGGAAACACGAUUCUACCCAUACACCAGCAACGGCGGUGCCACGCUCGGCAUCUCAGGCCCCGGCUUCGCCAUCCUGGCCGGCGACACCCGCUCAACAGCGGGCUACAACAUCAACACACGGCACGAGCCCAAGGUCUUCACAAUCCAAGACGCCGGGCGGUCAUCCAUCGUGAUCUCCGUGAUCGGCUUCGCCGCGGACGGGCACGCCCUCAAGGAGAAACUCGACCACGUCGUCGCCAUGUACAAGUACCAGCACGGGCGGGGGAUCAGUCUACGGGCGUGCGCGCAGCGCGUCUCUACCCUCCUCUACGAAAAGCGCUUCUUCCCCUACCAGCUGCAGACGAUGGUUGCGGGACUGGAUGCGGAUGGCGAGGGGGCGGUUUACUACUAUGACCCGGCGGGGUGUAUUGAGAAGCGCACGCACUGUUCGGCGGGGGAGGCGAGUAGUCUCAUGCUGCCGUUCUUGGAUAGCCAGGUGCCCAGGCUGGGGAGGCUGGAUCGGCAGACGGCGGAGCAGCUGGUGCGAGAUGCUUACCAGGGGGCGACGGAGAGGCAUAUCGAGGUUGGGGAUCAUUUGCAGAUGCUGGUGGUGACGGCAGACGGGGUAGCCGAGCAGAUCGUCGAUUUGAAGAAGGAUUAGCCAGUCGUAGUUUAUUUUACAGCAUUGAUUUGCGUGGUUUUUUCUUUUACAAGUAACGAGAGUUGUGGUGUUAGAGCUGUCAGUGCUGUCUGUCAAUUCU